ACUGACAGCUCUAUUGUGCUCGAAAGAAACCAUCAGGGAAAACGGGGAAACGCGUUGCAAGCAAGUGUUGAAUACCAACCGGGGAAUCAAUAGCCGUUGGGAGCCCAAGUGUGUCUUGGGGACUGUGUAGUUAUCGAGAAAUUUGCAAGUCGAUCGUGCAGAAAGUAGAGUGUACUGUUUCGUGGAUGAAUAUUGCGAAAUUCAACGAAAUUCGCACCAGUCGUUGAGACGAUCGGACAGAGUAUUCAAGGAACCCAGCCAGACGUCCAGUUGCUCUCUUAUUUUCGCGUGUGUUCUGUGUUUCCGUGUGGUCAGUGUAUUCAGUGUGUGUGUGCGUGAGCCGCACCAGCAACAGGAAUCGGAACUAAAUCCCGGAACUGGGAACAAAUUUGGCAAACAUUCGCGAAUACGGAAUGUCCAGUGGUCAGCACCUGAUGGCCGAUUCGCCGGCCUGCAGCAGUUCGGACCACUCGCCGCUGGCCAAGAAACGGAGGUUGGAGGAGGGAAUUGGAGAGGAAGCCGGUGGAGCAGCUAGCAGCAGCAGCGGCAACAACAACUACGAAAAUCACGACAAAGCAGGCGGCGUUGACAUUUCGAGCGGGACGUCAACAGAGCAGCAGCUGGAAUUGUGUGUAUCGUCGUCUACUUCUGAUACGUGCGUUUCGAAUGCGACUGUGAGCAAGCGAGAGAGAGAGACAGCGGCGAAAGCAAACGCAAAGACGAACAGCGACGACGUUAGUACUAGUACAUCGUCAGCAGUGGAGAAGGAAAGUAGCAAUCGCCCGGAGAAGAAGCAACGGAUUAGCCUGGACACCGAAGCAUCCUCAGCCAGCUCCAGCUCCACCACCACCAAAUCCACCUCCAACAGCACUAGCAAUAACAACAACAACUCGAACUCAAACUCCACCGUAAGCUCCAGCAAUAGCAACAGCAAUAGUCGGCACCUAGGAGGAGCUAGCAUGGCCGCCAACAAUGCCGCCUCUGGCGGAGACAUCGAUGAGUCGCUGUACUCGCGCCAAUUGUACGUCCUCGGACAUGACGCCAUGCGCCGGAUGGCCAACUCGGACAUCCUGCUGUCGGGACUCGGCGGACUGGGUCUGGAGAUCGCCAAGAAUGUGAUUUUGGGCGGCGUGAAGUCUAUAACCCUGCAUGACACAGCAACUUGUGGGCGCAAUGACUUGUCGUCGCAGUUCUAUCUCACCGAGGCCGACAUUGGCAAGAACCGGGCCGAGGCCUCCUGCGCCCAGUUGGCCGAGCUGAACAGCUAUGUGCGCACCGAGUCCCACACGGGACCCCUGACGGAGGACUUCCUGAGUAAGUUCCGUGUCGUGGUGCUGACCAACUCCUCGGCCGAGGAGCAGCAGCGCAUUGGCAAGUUUGCCCACGAGAACAACAUCGCUUUGAUCAUUGCCGAGACCCGGGGACUGUUCGCCAAGGUUUUCUGUGAUUUUGGCGAGAACUUUACCAUUUACGACCAGGAUGGUGCCCAGCCUGUGUCUACCAUGAUCGCUAGCGUCACACAUGACGCCCAGGGAGUUGUCACUUGCCUGGAUGAGACUCGCCAUGGAUUCACCGAUGGCGACUAUGUCACCUUCUCGGAGGUGCAGGGCAUGACGGAGCUCAACGGCUGCCAGCCCAUCAAAAUCAACGUUCUGGGACCCUACACCUUCAGCAUCGGAGACACCAGCACCUUUGGCGAGUACAAGAGCGGCGGUGUCGCUACCCAGGUAAAGAUGCCCAAGACUGUGAGCUUCAAGUCGCUGGAGCAAGCCACCCAGGAGCCGGAGUUCAUGAUCUCCGAUUUCGCCAAAUUGGACGCGCCCGCCACCCUUCAUGUGGCUUUCAAUGCGCUCGCCUGUUAUAAACAUACUCACGGAGCUUUGCCGCGUCCCUGGAACGAGGAGGAUGCCCAAGCUUUCCUGGCGCUGUGCCGUGAGAACAGCAAGGACAUUGACGAGAAACUGGUGCUGCAGUUUGCCAAGAUCUGCUCGGGCAACACGUGCCCGCUGGACGCAGCUGUUGGUGGAAUUGUGGCCCAGGAGGUGCUCAAGGCGUGCAGUGGAAAGUUUACCCCAAUCUACCAGUGGCUUUACUUCGACGCCGUGGAGUGCUUGCCGGCAGAGGGCGUAACCGAGGAGGAUGCCCAGCCACUGGGCUCCCGUUACGAUGCCCAGAUUGCCAUCUUUGGAAAGAAGUUCCAGGAGCAGUUGGCCGACGCGAAGUGGUUCAUUGUGGGAGCCGGUGCCAUUGGUUGUGAGUUACUGAAAAACUUUGGAAUGCUUGGUCUUGGCGUUGGCAAGGGCCAGAUCUUCGUCACCGAUAUGGAUCUCAUCGAGAAGUCGAACUUGAACCGGCAAUUCCUAUUCAGGCCGCACGACGUCCAAAAGCCCAAAUCGCUUACGGCUGCUUCUGCUAUCCAGCGCAUGAAUCCCGACGUGAAGGUCACCGCAUAUGAACUGCGUGUGGGUUCGGAAACCGAAAAGGUCUUUUCCGAGGACUUCUUCGGAAAACUGGACGGAGUGGCCAAUGCUUUGGACAACGUGGAUGCGCGUAUCUACAUGGAUCGCAAGUGCAUCUUCAACCGCAUCCCGCUGGUCGAGACCGGAACUCUUGGCACCAUGGGUAACGUCCAGGUGAUCGUUCCCUUCGCCACCGAGUCCUACAGUUCAUCGCAGGACCCUCCCGAGAAGAGCAUCCCCAUCUGCACGCUCAAGAAUUUCCCCAAUGCCAUCGAGCACACGCUGCAGUGGGCCCGCGACGCCUUUGAAGGUGUCUUCAAGCAGUCCGCGGAGAACGCAGCCCAAUACAUCUCAGAUCCUCAGUUUACCGAGCGAAUUGCCAAGCUGCCAGGAAUUCAGCCACUAGAGAUCCUCGAAUCUAUUAAGAAAGCUCUUAUCGACGAUAAACCCAAGAACUUUGCCCAGUGUGUCGAGUGGGCUCGUCUCCACUGGGAGGACCAGUAUGCCAAUCAGAUUAAGCAGCUGCUCUUCAACUUCCCUCCGGAUCAGAUCACCUCCAGUGGCCAGCCGUUUUGGUCGGGUCCCAAGCGUUGUCCCGAUCCGCUGGUCUUCGACGUGAACGACCCUAUGCACUUGGACUACGUCUUUGCGGCUGCCAAUCUGCGCGCUGAGGUCUAUGGCAUCGAACAGGUGCGCAACCGCGAUACCGUUGCCGAACUGGUGAAGCAAGUCAAGGUGCCAGAAUUCAAGCCCCGUUCGGGCGUGAAAAUCGAGACUAACGAAGCGGCCGCUGCUGCUUCGGCCAACCACUUUGACGACGGAGAGGUGGACCAGGAUCGUGUAGAUAAGAUCAUUACGGAACUACUGAAAAACGCGGACAAGAGCUCGAAGAUUACGCCGCUGGACUUCGAAAAGGACGAUGACAGCAACCUUCACAUGGACUUCAUUGUAGCCUGCUCAAAUCUGCGAGCCACGAACUACAAGAUCGCACCAGCCGACCGUCACAAGUCCAAGCUGAUUGCGGGUAAGAUUAUUCCCGCCAUCGCCACCACCACAUCGGUGCUGUCCGGCUUGGCCGUUCUGGAGGUGAUCAAGCUCAUUGGUGGCCACCGAAGUCUCGAUAAGUUCAAGAACGGUUUUGCCAAUCUGGCUCUGCCAUUGAUGGCCUUCUCAGAGCCACUGCCCGCCGCCAAGAACACCUACUACGGCAAGGAAUGGACGCUUUGGGAUCGCUUUGAGGUCACCGGAGAGUUGUCGCUACAGGAGUUCCUUAACUACUUCGAGGAGAAGGAGAAGCUUAAGAUUACGAUGCUGUCGCAAGGUGUCUCCAUGCUCUACUCUUUCUUCAUGCCGAAGGCCAAGUGCUCCGAGCGUUUGCCACUCCCCAUGUCUGAGGUGGUGCGUCGCGUAUCCAAGCGGCGCAUUGAACCCCACGAGCGCUCUCUGGUUUUCGAGAUCUGUUGCAACGACGUUGAAGGCGAGGAUGUGGAAGUACCCUACGUCCGUUACACGCUGCCCUAAGCCCAUAUAUAAUCUUAAUUUAACCAUUAAAUUAUUUUAUGAUCCUGUUUUGUCGCCGUCGUCGUGGCCACCGUGUGUUGGAGCUACGCCACUUUAAGAAACAUAAACAUAGAAUGUCUAGCUGUUUGCAUUUUAAUUUUCAAAAACACAACUAGAUGAUUGAGAACACAACAAAUACGCGGAGCAAGCCAGAUCUAGAAAUUAAAUAUAUAACAUGUGUGGAAUCCUAUAAGGAAUCGCAAAUUAAUUCGCAUUAUACGAAAAAAACAAAGACUCGACUUAAAGCAAAAACUUAACUGCAUCUGAAGAAACUCUCUGCUCAGCAUAGUUGUAAAUGAAAAAAGGAUUACAGAAAAACUGAAAGCGGAUUUAAUCGCAUUGAGUAAUUUGAAAUUGGAAACUGAAGAAGCCAAGCGGAAGAUUUCUCAUUUCACUCAUAUAUUUUUUUUAUAUGAACGUAUAAACUAAUUACAUCAUUGUAUUAAAAACGAGGAAAGCAAAUGAAUAAAGCUGUAUAUUUCAUAUGGUAA